AUGCUUGCUCAUUCACCAAAAGAUCGUUCUCGGUCACCGCAUCGUACCAAUGGGACAACUGUAACUCAUACAAAUCCUUCUUCUUCUUCUUCGCGCAAGCAUUCAUCAAAUCAAAAUGAUACAAGUAAUAAUGAUGUCAAUACUCAUAAUAAUAAUAAUAAUAAUAACAACAACAACAACAGUAAUAAAACUAAGAAAGAAAAUGAUUCUCAAUUACGCAUGAAAAGUCUUAAAUCAUUUAUUCAAACAUUAAUUAAUGAUUCAUCAUCUCUUGGUUCAACAUCAUCUGAUGAACAAGAAAAAGCUAUUGAAAAUGCUUGUAAAAAAGAAUUUCGUGAUUUAUCUCAUGAUCGAAUUCGUCGUAUGAUUCGUAGUAUUUUUAAAGGACGUAAAUCUCAUCAAUCAUCAUCACAUACAACAAAUUCAUUCUUACAUCAAGUAUAAAUAAUUAUAUUUAUCCAUCG